UCUUACUAUAGUCUGAUCUUAAUCUUACUGUCAGUUAUAAACUUAUGAAGGUGGAUUUACUUGUUUGAUCGCCUCAAUUUGAUGAAUUUUUGUGAAAUGCAUUAAAUUUUGUUGUCAAGGGUGAAGGCCAUAGCAACCAAAAAGUGCCCAAGUCUUGGACUAUUAGACACCUUGGCUUCUUAUGAUGGUGACAAAUUUGUGACUUUUCGUUACUUUUUUCAAGUAGAAAUUAGUUGCUUGCUUUGAUUUAUGAGAUUUUAACCAAACAAAAGCAAUAAAGAAUAAAUAAAAAGAAAUUACAGCUUGAAGCUAUCGAUUGUGUAGUACGACCACUGUUUGCUUUUGUCUAGAUGCAAAAGAAUGUCAAUCCGUUGCUCGCUUGACUGCCUUCAAAGAGUUCGUUCGAAAUUUCAUCUAUAAAUCUCCCCACAAGAAUUUCCUUGUCGAAGUGCUUCGCUCUGGCGGAUUGGGCGGCUUUCUCUUCAAAAUGUCCGACGGAUGUUGGAAGAAAACGUGCCGAGGGAUUUGACCACUAGUGAUAUUGUGCUGACAGUCAAGAAUGCGAGAGGGCUGUUUUGAUUGGCCUAUGCAUUAAUUAACGUCAAGAGACGUCAAUCACUUGGGAGAAUAGUUUGUAUUGAUUUUACAGUUGAUCAACCAUAAUUGCACGUUUGCAAAUGGUUAGUUCUUGUCGAAGGGUUUUACAAACUGUUGAUUCUCCAUGUCACGGCCCAAGUGUUCUUUCAACUCACAUAACUCAUAAAGGGAAAACUUGCUUGUUUGGUUGGUUCGUGAGUUGGUAUUUCGACAAUGAAGAGAGGUGAAAUCCCUCGGGACAUGGUCGCUCACGAUGACGACGAUACAACAAAAGCGUGCAACAACUGUGGAGAUACUUGUCCUGGAUUCAGUGCUCAUUACUGGAGGAAAAUCUGCCGUAAUUGUAAAUGCCCUCGUGAGGACCAUAACAUCAUGGGUGAUGAUGUUAGAGCUGAUCGUAGUAUAUACAUGGCAGAUGUUCACCGUGCUUCAAGCUUAGCAAGUGAUGAUGAUAGUGGAUGUGCUCUGGAUGAAUAUACAUGGGUACCACCAGGACUUACCCCUGAACAGGUACACCUAUACAUGAAUUCUCUUACAGAGGAAAAGAUUCCAUAUGUUGAUAGUGUUGGGGAGAGAUAUCGCAACAGGCAGAUUAUUCUGCAGCUUCCACCACAUGAUAAUGAAUCAAGGUUCUGUAGUGAGCUCAGUGAAGAAGAAAAGAGAGAGUUGCGCUUUUUUGUAGCAUUGAGAAAACGUGAUUCCCUUGGACGAGGAGUUGUGAAACAAAUUCCUGAGAUGUCAGAAGGAUAUCCUUGCAAGGAGUGUGGAGAGCAUAUUGGAGCAGGAUCAAUGUCAGUGUUUGCGGCAAGAGCAGGGCAGCACACCAGUUGGCAUUCUGCAUGUUUUAUUUGUACUGUAUGUAAGGAAUUGCUGGUGGACCUCAUCUACUUCUACAAGGAUUCCAAGGUGUAUUGUGGAAGACAUCAUGCAGAAUCACUCAAACCUCGAUGUGCUGCUUGUGAUGAGAUAAUCUUUGCUGAACAGUGUACAGAAGCAGAAGAUARAUGUUGGCAUGUUAAGCACUUUUGUUGUUUUGAAUGUGACAGUCCUCUUGGUGGAAUGCGUUAUGUGAUGAGAGAUGACCGUCCAUUCUGUUGUAAUUGUUUUGAAAGCCUUUACGCUGAGUUCUGUGACUCUUGUGGGGAGCCGAUUGAGCCUGACGUUAGUCAAAUGGCUCACAAUGGACAACAUUGGCAUGCUAACCCACAAUGUUUUAGCUGUUACACCUGUGGCAAGUCCCUUCUUGGGGCUCCAUUUUUACCAAAGAAUGGAGAAAUAUACUGUUCCCCUGAAUGUGGUCAUGGAAUACAUCCUGUUGGUUGCACAGAACUUUCGGAUCAUACACCAAGAUCACAACAAAGACAACAAAAACAAUGUUCUAUCCCAGAGUCUUAUACAUCAGAUCUUGAAACUCUUGAAUCAGAGCAUGAUGAUAAUCAUGGAUCUAAUGCUGAAGCUGCUUUAAGGAGAUAUAAAAAACACUUGGAAGAAGGUAAUGCUGCUUCGGCUUUCAUCCAUCAUGAAAAUAGCCCUUUUACUUCACCGAAGCAAAAGAGUAUUAUAUCUUCAAACCAAAAGGAUUCUUUGUCAGGAACGAUGUUUGGUGUCAUCGAGACUCCUUAUGGAAAGGAUAUGUUUGAUAGUGUAAGUGUGCAAGGUGGAGACUGUGAACAGUUUUAUAUCAAGCAUGAUGAAGGAAGGAGUUCUGGAGUUGCAUCAUCUGAGAAUGGAUCACAUGUGAAUGAAAAUGAUAUGGUUAAACCAUACAAAGUGAUAGCAUACAAUUAUCCUGAAACAGACAAUCAUGAAUUUGUUAAAGCUACACCUGUCGAGGAUGUGGACGGCCAUGAUAGCAAUUAUGGAACAAUUGAAAGUAGAGAUAGUAAUUAUGGAACUGAAUCUUCUUCGGCAAUUGAUGAGCUUCAAAGGCAAUCUAGUGGAAGUUCAUCAAAUUUGAAGGUUAAUGAUGAGAAGAAACAUGUUCUUAAAUCUAGAAAAGAACCAAAUUUAAGUAAGGAAAGACAAAAACAUAAGCAUUAUUUUGUCAUGUCAGAUGAAGAAGGAGAAUAUGGUUAUUUGAGUAGAGGUUUUUCACACAAGAAUGAGUUAUUACAGAGACCUAUAUCAAGGUCUCUUGAAUGCUUGCCAAUAAGGACCAUCCCUGAACAAUCCUUCAUGAGGAAUCACAGACUAACUGCAUCUGGCACACGUAGCGCUGCAGGCAGGGUAAAUAAUUCAAAGAGUUCAUCACAUUCUAGGUCUUCGGGUCAGUUACGAGCAAGGUCAUCAAGUCAGAAUUCUAAAGACUCGCGACUAAAGGAGACUGUUAAGAAGCCAUUAGAGUUACCCUGGGAGGAUCCAUUCGCAAAUCCAGUUGAAAAGAGCCAACAAGUUAGGCCAAUCAGAAGACCUCGGAUUGCUUAUGUGGAAUGUUAUGAUGACAAAUCUAAACUUGCAACCAAUAAAAACACUGGCUCCUCAAAAAAGCAAAGUAAAAAUAAGAACUGUAGGGUACAAUAACUUUUAUAGAUAAAUGUUGUCUUAUAACAGUAAAUAAAUCAGUAAAUCUAAUUACAGUUAUAGUUCUUACUAGAGACAAAAAGAUUUUAGAACAUAAUGAGUGAAUAAUAAAGCAAAUUAUGUAAUAAUGUUAGCAGCCCAAUUGCUGAUUACUUGGUAGUGAACUAGAUGCAGUGAAGCAACUAUAUUAUUUUGCAUUUGUCAAUGUUUUUUUUUUAUCAGAAAAUUAAUAUAAAAUUUCAAAAAAUGGUAUUUAUAAAUACUGGAUGGACUACAUAUAUGUGCUCCCAGAUGGUUGUAUGUUUUUCUCAGCUGUAAUAUUGCUAUAUAUCAAUAUGAUUAUUGCUGCUAUAAGUUCCUAAAUAAACAUGUUUUAUUACUGAA